CUCCCUAGCUCGGCUCAGUCACGCGGCUGCCUCUGCCCGGUUCACUCGGCAACCGGAGUCUCGCGCCAACCGGUUCAUUCGCGCUGGUUCCGGUUCGCCUCGGAUGAUUUCGAACGUUUUGAGAUUUGAGAAAACAGAUACGAUACACCUGCAGAUAAGCGUCACGUUAAUUACCAGGUGAAAAGGUUACAGUAUCUCAAAAGUGAUGAGUGAUGUAGUGAAACAAUAGUGUGUGUAUAGUGUUGUGAGUGCCUCUACUGUAGUGGCCUGGCUGGCACUCUGGUGAAAGUGUAGGUCAGAGAUGAACUAACAGUGCCAUCAUCACAAGUACCGAGCAAGGUGGACCUAAGAGGUUACCAUUAAACAAGUAUUCGUCACUUGCAUAAAAUCACCAGCGGGAACAUGAUGGAUGGAGGAGGAGGAGGAGGGUGCCUGUCACCUUGUCAGUGUUCCCCUCGGAAGAGAAGGAAAUCCUCUUCGCCUCCCUCUUCUUCCUGUUCCUCUUCCUGCUCGUCCUCGUCCUGGUGUCAUGGCGGCCUCGAGACCCACGACAGCGAGGACCCGCCGCCCACCUGGGUGUACAUGACUGUGUGGGUGGCCGGGGUCCUCGUCUAUGUGAACGGUCUGACGGGCGACUUUGUGCACGACGACGUCAGCGCCAUCAAAACAAACCCGGACGUAAUAGGAACUAAUCCUCUCUCCCACAUGUUCUUCAACGACUACUGGGGCAAGCCCUUGGUCGACCCACGCUCCCACAAGUCUUACCGACCCUUCACCAUCCUCACCUUCAGAAUAAAUCACUUGCUGUUCGGGCUACGUCCGCUCGGAUUCCACCUGGUGAACGUGGCGCUACACUCCUGCGUCUGCUUACUGCUGACGCGGCUGCUGCUGCGCCUGUUGCACCUCCCCCAGGGCACCGUCCUCUACGCCGGGCUCAUCUUCGCCACCCACCCCGUCCACACCGAGACGGUAACCGGGCUGGUGGGUCGAGCAGACGUGUUGGCAACCCUCUUCUUCCUCGCCGCCAUCCUCUCCUACCACAGAGCGAUAGAGGCCGACUCUGAAGACACAACCGCCUCAGAAGAAAGCGAUGGGGGGGCAGAGAACAGGUGGAGGCUGGUGGGGAAGGAAAAGAGGAGCACUUGUACGGGAGGAGGAGGAGGUGGAGGAGGAGGAGUAGCAGGUGGAGUAACAACAGGAGGAGGAGGGGGAAGAAAAGGAGGAUGGGCGUGGCUUCGACGUGCAGGAGUGCUGGCAGGGGCGGGGACACUGUGUAAGGAACACGCCCUCACCUCCCUCCUGGUGUGUGCCGCCUGGGAUGUUAUACUGCACAGGAAACACGUAAGAAGGAGAAUGAUGAAACACGUACUCUUCCAUUCUAGACUACUCUGCAGGCGGCCUCGGAGCAGACCCUUGGGUGCCCUACUCAAGAGGCUGUUCUGGCUGAGUGUUAUGGGGGCGGUGAUCCUGGUCCUCCGGCUAUGGAUGCUCCGAGGGACAUCACCUGUCUUCAGCGAUCAGGACAACCCGGCGUCCUUCGCUCCUUCCCGCUUAACAAGAGUGCUGACCUUCUGGUACUUGCCUGUAUUCAACGCUUGGCUGCUGCUGUGCCCAUGGACGUUAGCUCACGACUGGCAGAUGGGCUCCAUACCCCUCAUAACCUCCUUCAUAGACGCCAGAAAUAUCGCUUCGCUUUUGUUUUACGCCGCCCUCUUACUUAUACUUAGGGCCGGAUGCCUCAUGAAGGGUCAGGAGGGUAGGGCUGUACUGCUGGGGGUGUCGCUGCUGGUGCUGCCCUUCCUACCCGCCACCAACUUCCUCUUCACCGUCGGGUUUGUCGUCGCCGAGAGAAUCCUCUACAUCCCCAGCUUGGGCUACGCGGUGCUGGUGGGCGUGGCACUAUCGAGGGUGGGGAGGCUGAGGGCGCCCUGUCUCCUACUGCUGCUGGUGGUGUUCUCCUGCAGGACGCUACAGAGGAACCACGACUGGGAAUCCAGGGAGACACUUUUCCUGGCGGGACUGAGGACGCUGCCACACAACGCCAAGAUGCACUACAACUUCGCCAACCUGCAGAAGGAUCUUGGCAACGCUGACCUCGCCAAGUUCCACUACGUGUAUGCCAUCAGACUUUGGCCAGGACACUCCAGCGCUCACAAUAAUCUCGGCACCCUGGUCAACGACACCUCUGAGGCCGAGAACCACUUCCGCCUGGCACUCAAGGCUCACCCUCAACACGCCCAUGCCUACUACAACCUGGCCAACCUCAGGCAACAGCAGGGGCGCAUGGGGGAGGCGGUGGCACUGUUGGAGGAGAGUCUGCGCUACGACGCCACCAACAGGGACGCGGUGUCGUCCCUGGCGGGGCUGUACAGUGACGCGGGACGAUCCACCGAGGCUGAGAACCUCCACUUGGCGUUGCUGGCCGCCCGACCUUCUGACCCCGUCGUCCACAACAACUACGCCGCCUUCCUGCAGAAGAUUGGUCGUCGUGAAGCAGCACUGCGUCACUACGAGGCGGCGCUGGGGCUGGACCCUCAGCACACCGUGGCUCUGGUCAACACAGCCAGACUCAUGAGGACGCUUCAUCACAACAACCAGGCGGAGAUGCUAUACAAGAGAGCGCUGGCCGUGGCGUGGGAGGCAGAGAUCGGUGAGAGUCUCGGGAAGCUCUACCUGAACACCGGGCGUCUGGAGGAGGCUGAGGCCACCUUCACCACCGUCCUCGCUCACCACCCACAUAUGCUCUCCUCCACCGUCUACCUGGCGCGGGUGAAGCUGCAGCAGCGAAGCUACCUAGUGAGCGAGGACCUCCUGCGUCAGGUAUUGGACCAGGCCCCGGGGCACCAAGAGGCACUCUUUCAGCUGUCACUCCUUUACACCCACACCAACCGUACCCAGGAUGCCCUUGCCCUCGCCCAGCAAGCCGCCCAUAACUGCUCAAGGCCACCCAACCUAUGCGCCCGACUCCACGCCCACUACGGAGACCUCCUCAACGAUAGGCACAAUGUGGAUGAGGCCGCCCAGAGUUACCUGCUGGCAGUAGAGCUUGAGCCGACACUCACCCACCCCCACAUCAACUUGGGCGCCCUCUACCACGCUAAGGGUGACUACGCCCGCGCCUGGAGACACUACCUGACUGCGCACGGACAGGAGCCCUCCAACACCCUCCUGCUGGAGAACAUGGAGAAGCUGCGGCGGGUACAAGACCUCCAUGCCCCCUCCAACAUUCCUCACUGCCUCAACAAGUCCUGAUAUUUGUUCCAUGACUCAGAGGUGUCAUUCGAAUCAUUUUUGAACACGAUUAUAGAUUGAUACUUCGAUUGCUAAAGAAUGAAACAAAAUAAUAUCUGAAAAGUUUCGAAGACAUAAACACGUACACAUACACAGAAACACACACACCCUGACACACAAGACCACUUACACAUAAACAUACGCACACACAAGCUAAUAUUUUCCUUCCUUUUAUAAUGUGGAAGAAGUUUUGGUCUGACUGUGCGUUUAUUCCUCUAUAUAAUCUUACGCAUAAGACAACUACAUCCUCACAACUUACGGCCGACAUACCUGGACAGUAUGUCAUUAUCUACAGUCGAGUUUGUUGCUUAUAAAUAAAUAAGUGAAAAAAAAACAAAUCCUCUUCACCCCAAAAAAAAAGUGACGUCAAUGAGCCCUAGUUAACGCUGGGGGUCCUAGAGACGUCCUGAGAGACUACAGUGGACGUCAAGUAAUGGUUCCUGAUGACCUGACACCUCACAAGUGACUCAAUGCUUGAUUCAGGUGACCUUCAAUGACGCCAAGUGAUCCACGUUAGAUGCAUAAUUGAUGUAAAUGGUGUCAAACGACGGCAAGUGACUCCAAACUGAUCCAGACGACUUAAAAUAACAUUAAGUGACCCAACAAGUGAUCAAGGACACCUUCAAUAACUCCAAGUGACCUCUUUUUGACGCAAAUGACCUUAGACGCCACUUAAUGACCCUACAUGACCUUCAACAUAACCUCAGAUGACCACAAGACCCUAAAGUUAACAACCCCCGUGCGGCCCACGUCACCAACCAGCAUCCUAUGUUAUCAAUCAACGAUCUUAGAUAAUUGCAAGUCUCGUCACGCGCCCAGGUGGUAAAAGAUGACAACAGAUUAACGCUAGGCAACCCAUGUUCAUCUGAGGUGACCUGGAUGACCCCGAGGUGACGUAGGUGUCCAGUUGAAUCCAGGAGACGUGUGUGUUGUCGUCUACCAUCCCGAGGCCCGAGGCUGGUUGUCGGUGUGUCGUUAAUAUUUAUACAUGUUAUCGAAAUUUAUUCUAAAACGUACGGAUGACGACGACAGACUUACCAAUACCAGGAUACAAUACCAGGAUAUAACACCAGGAUAUAACACCAGGAUAUAACACCAGGAUGUAACACCAGGAUAUAACAACAG